AUGGACGGUGGGGAUGAUCCGAGCCGCCGCUACACGGUGGACGAUGCGCUAUCCGCCGUCGGAUUCGGCGCGUUUCAUUGGCUGCUGCUGGGAUAUGCCGGGCUGGCGUGGGCGGCAGAGGCCAUGGAGCUGCUGCUGCUCUCCUUCAUCGCCGCCCCUGCUGCCGCCCACUGGGGCGUGGGCGGCGACGGCGAGGCGGCGCUGUCGUCUGUAGUGUUUGCGGGCAUGCUGGUGGGCGCGUUCGCGUGGGGACUGCUGGCGGACAGCCGUGGGCGCAGGUUGCUCUCAACACUCGCGGGCAUGCUGGUGGGCGCAUUCGCGUGGGGAGUGCUGGCGGACAGCCGUGGGCGCAGCCCUGGUUUGCCUUCACAGCAACAGUGCUUCCCCCCUUCUGCUCUCUGCCUGCCCCAAAUCCCCCAUCCCUCCCUUCCACUCCUCCAUCUCACACCCCCUCCCUCCCUCCUCUCCCUCGCACUCUCCCAUCCCCCCCACCGCAGGUUCGCCUUCACAGCAACGGCCCUCCUCACCUUCCUAGCAGCGCUCCUCUCGGCACUCGCCCCUUCCUUCCCUCUCCUCCUCGCCGCCCGCGCGCUCGUCGGGGUCGGUCUGGGCGGCGCGCCCGUCAUCUUCUCGCUCUUCCUCGAGUUCACGCCGCCCGCUUCCCGCGGCUUCUGGUCCCUCGCGCUCUCGCUCUUCUGGACCGUCGGAUCGGUCACCGAAGCUGCACUAGCAUGGGCAGUGCUACCAGUGCUAGGCUGGAGAUGGCUCAUAGUGCUCUCCUCGCUGCCUCUCCUCCUGCUGCUGCUGCUCUUCCCACUGCUUCCUGAAUCUCCGAGGUACCUUCUGGUGAAAUCUCGGCCGUUGGAUGCGCUGGCAGUGCUGCAACACGUGGCAAGGCUCAAUAGGAGGCCGCUGCCAGCAGGGCAGGUCAGCCUGGUUGCAGGGGGCGGGGGGUCUCAGGGUGGAUCUCAGGUGGAAAAAACAGAAGGGGGAGAGUCAGAGGAAGGGGCACCGCUGCUGCAGAUUCUUGUGUUCGCCGCCCGCCCGGCUGCCACUGUAGCAGCGCUGUUUGUUGCCCGGGCGGCGAUCAUGGGGUCGUUUCAGACACUGUUCAUGUUCGCUCCAGAGGUGAGCCACUCUGCCGGCUCUUAA